UUUUGUCGUAGUGGGGACGGUGAAGUUAGCGUAUCACAGUCCAGAUGACCACAGCUAUGGACUCCAAUUCUCCGCAUGUUCAAUCCCUCUUUCUCUCUCCAAAGUGAAAGACAAUGGUGGGUUUUGAACGAUGAAGAAGAAGAGAAAGACUACGGGGGGUUAUAUGUUUCUUCUAUGGCCUGUCAUUCUGCUUACUAUUCUGCCUUUUCAUCGUCACCAAUGAGGGAUUUUUCUGCCUACUUCAAUUCUUCAAGAAGAUAUAUUUGUAAACCUAUUCAGCUCUCUUCCAUUACCAGCCGUAGAACUUCUUAUAAUACUCUUGUUUCAGAGGCCGUUAGGCUCUUGGGACCUCCAUCAAGUUUUGAAGUUUCAAAGCUGAAAGUUGUUUUCAUGGGAGAAAGCAUGAAUGACUACUCUAGAAUCCUUCCAAGGACAUACAUCCUAUCACAUUGUGACUUUACAGCUAACCUAACCUUGAGUAUCUCCAAUGUUAUCAACCUCGAACAGUUGAGAGGGUGGUACAUCAAGGAUGAUGUGGUAGCCGAGUGGAAGAAAGUGGAAGGUGAUCUGUGUCUGCAUGUUCACUGCUAUGUGAAUGGCCCCAGUCUUUUGCAAGAACUGGCAGCUGAGUUUCGUUACCACAUAUUCUCCAAGGAAAUGCCUUUGGUACUUAAAGCUGUACUACAAGGAGAUUCAAUGCUUUUCAGGGAACAUCCUGAGCUGAUGGAUGCUUUAGUCCGGGUUUACUUCCAUUCAAGCUCAAAAAAUUAUAAUCGAAUAGAAUAUUGGGGGCCACUCAAGGAUGCUGCAGAGGGAAUAUUAGAAGGACGUAUCCAAGGCUUGUUGACUACAAACGAAGGUUCUCAUUCUGUCAAAAAGCAGCGAAGGCCAAAAUCCAUUUUCCAAGCUCUGUUUGCCUUUCUUCUGUGAAUAAACUGCGUAGACAACACAAUUUCAGGGGCUGACUACAUGCUUCAAGUGCAAUAGCUCAGACUAGCACCAACUUCAGACUCAGUUUUUUCACAACAAAGCUCAUUCUGGAAUUCCAAACUCAAGGCCCAAAUUGCAUCAAAGUUGAGAUUAAUUGCUUUAAUUCUUUCGCAACUAAUGAAUUUGUUCAAUUGUAAAACAUUGUUUGCCAUUGUUUUGCGACUGAGCCCAUUUGCUCAUUCUUCAAUCAAUGUCUUGUGUCUUCUGUUGCUUUGUAACUCAAACUUGCAAUGCUAAAGUUUUAUUGAUCAAACGACAUUCCUUUUAAAAUGUCAAA